AUGGCCUCUGAUGCCGCUCCGGGCAAAUCGGCCGUUUCAGUGCUGCUUCUGGUAGCAGUGCUGGCGGCCAGCAGUGGCGCCAUUUUCGUUCGACUGGCACACGGUCUACCGCCACUGGCAAUGGCCUUCUGGCGAACGAGUCUGGCAUCUGUGGCUUUGGCACCCUUUGGGCGAUCGCUGGGGAGGAAGGACUCCAAGCUCGCAGCGCUGGCAGGCAUUGCCUUGGCCUUUCAUUUUUGGACAUGGAUUGCAUCAGUGCAGCGAACUACCGUGCUUCGUUCGACGUUGCUCGUAUCCUUGAGCCCCAUCUGGGCUGGCCUUCUUGCGUUUGUCACAGGUGAAGAUGUCCCUACCGGGCGCUUCUGGCUCGGCGUCGGCAUUGCAAUCGGAGGACUCGGGUGUAGUGCGGGCGCUGGUUCGUCCCAUGGAGACUUGCUGGGCGACCUCUUGGCUUUGCUUGGGGGCAUUUUCUGUGCCAUCUAUUUGUCAAUUGGGCGAGACGUAAGACAGCGUGUGGGCAUUGGCUGCUACGGCACACGUCUUUGCGGCUGCUCUGCCGCCUGUCUGGCCCUUGUUGCAUUGGUGACAGGAACGCCAUUGUGGCCGACCUGUGAACGCCACUGGCUCGCUGUGUGCGCACUUGCUGUUGGGCCACAGCUUACGGGGCACAUCGGCUUCAACUUUGCCCUCGAGUACCUGCCUGCGGCAACAGUCGCAGCUGCUAUUCUCUUGGAACCGCUUGCGGCUUCAUUUCUUGCUGCUCUGCUACUGGGCGAGGUGCCCACUCCACAGCAGCUCUAUGGUGCCGUCAUUGUCAUCACCGGCCUGGCAGUGAUCUAA